GCCAUGUUAAUCCGGCCCAACGACGCAAUGACCUAGGCAAAGCUCUGUAACAACGGCGGGACCGUUAUCGAACUGAAACCCUGGACUGGAAGAUGGAAACUCCAGAGCCAAAAUCACAAAGCUCGAGCUCUUCCCCAAUGCCACCUUCAUCUCUGGCAAGGCAAUGGAGAAUAGCUGCGCAACGCAACCUAAGGAACCAAUGGUCCAAAAUGGCCUCUAACCGCCAACAAUGGCUCUCUUCUUCCUCUUCUGCCAGAACUCACGCUACUUCUCUCGUCAACGCUUAUUUAUCCCAAAAAUACAUGCCUUUGAUGGAGCUCGGUGCUUUAAAGGAUAUGCCAGAUAUUCGAAAUAAAGCUUCUUUCAAGUUAUUUGAGCAGCAAGAGCUUCAUCGCAGCAAAGUUUUGUCAUCUUACAAGGACAUGGUGGCUGUUGUAAUGCAUAUGGUCGAUGCUAGUAAAUCCGUGAGAUCUUUUCUCAAAGUAGCCAGUAGUAGUUCACUUGUACAAUUUUCUAGCUCUAGUGAGGAUAUUAAUGACACUGGUGAUUGUGGUGGGAUUGCAGUCUUCAGAUUUUGGUCAAUCUCUCCUUUUGAAAAAUUAGCUGAAGAGCUCAGUCAGAUGUUUAAGUUGGAACUAAGUUUGAAGCGGUUUCUUCUAUUAGAGUUACUGUCUAUUGGCUGUGAAGUUUCACAAGUCAAUCGGUUGUGCUGGUCUGAUGAGCUUUACCCUGGAGAAUUUAGUGAUCUGAAAGUAUGCAACUUGUAUUCUGAAGAAACAUCUGAGCCAGUCCAUCCAAGACUGAAGGAUUGCAAAUUUGAUAUGCCAGCUUUUCAAUGCAAUCGUCAUCCAGACCAUGAAAUCUUGCAGUUUUCACUGCAGGUGUAUAUUACAACCUGGCUUGCAGAGGUGAACAUAGAUGGUCAUAGGGUGGAUGAAAUAUUUGCAGUGAUUGGGGAGGAAAUACAUAUUUCCCUCUCAUAAACUCCUUAUGUUGUCUAAGAACCAUCAGAAUAGUUAGCAUACCAAUCCUUUUGUGCAAUAUUUGAAGCUCAACCUUGAAUAUGGUAGGUGCCAUGAAAGAAGAAUUAGUCUGCUAUUUAGUUCUAACACAUAAGUUGUUCCACCAGAAUAUUGCACAAGAAGUUCAAAUGCUAUGGGGUACAUACUUAGUGAAGCACGGGUGGAGGCAUUUUCCUGACAGAUGCAUGUAAGAGCAAAUGAUUUUCAGAGGGCUGAUUGGCUAAAUCAAAUUAUCUUUAAUUGUAUCAGUCUUUCUUGUUCAUUUUUUAUACGUGUGAACCUCUGGCCCUCCCCUAUCAGAGAUUCAAGCCAAGGACCGACAAAUUCAAAAUCUCAAGUUUGCUUUAAUUGUUUAAUUCCUCAA